AUGGACCCGGGGCUGGAAUUCAAGGUUGCUAUGGAGGAAGGCGAAAAGCGUGGUGCCCGCAUCGUGUUUGGCGAUGUUCCCAUCAAGACAACAAUGGGCAGAAUCACUUCUGCAAUGACUGCUAUGGACGUGGUGAAGAUUUUCGCGUCUCCACUUUUCUCAAAGCCAUCGCCGGAGAUGAGAGAGCUCUUCGAGAACAUGAAGAACAUUGAGUCUGUGGUGGAGGGCAUGAAGCGACGCGUGGUGGUGAGGGCAAUGCAGAGGUGGAUGGCAGAGAUGCACCCCAAGCUUGCCCAAGUCCUCAUUCACGAGCGUGACAAGUACAUGGUGGAGCAGCUGAGGAAGCUGGAGGGAAGGGUGGUUGCAGUCGUUGGCUUGGGACAUUUGGAUGGCAUAGAACGCCUCUGGGAAGACACGGAGUUCGGCGCAAGCCAGCCCCCUACUCCAUCAGAUCAUUCUGUCUAA